AACACGGUCUUGUUAGAAGACAGUAGUGUUUACUCUUGGACAAAUCAUCUCAGCUUGCAAAGUUUCCCAGACAUACAGUACAGUAUACCAUCCUAGCAUAACAAAUCGAGAAGACCUACAGAACGGAUUUCAUACAGCACUAGUUUUAGAUUAAAUUAAUAGAGCAAAAUCUACUUCAGUGGGGCGGGGAAGGACCUUCAUGCACCACAAUCGAUCAUAACAGCAAGCUUUCUCUGUUAAUUCGGCUUGGUUGAAAGUCAUCAUUUAGAGUCACCAAAGGUCUAGUCAACGAACAAGCAACCUGGUGGAUUGGUGUAUACAUUAUGGAUGUGUUGGUGCUUGGCUUCUGCUUGGUGCUAGGACUGCUACACACUACGGAGGGAAAGAUUCUCAGACCAGGCAGAGUUCCUCCACAUAUUGUUUUCGUGAUGGUGGAUGACCAAGGCUUCAAUGACAUCGGGUACCAUGGCUCAGAGAUCCAAACGCCCGUGUUGGACCAACUGGCUGGCGAAGGGGUGAAGCUGGAAAACUACUAUGUUCAGCCCAUCUGUUCCCCCUCACGAAGCCAGCUUAUGACUGGACGGUAUCAGAUUCACACUGGGCUUCAACACUCGAUCAUCCGCGCACGCCAGCCCCUCUGUCUGCCCCCUGACAUACCAACCCUCCCUGAGAGGCUCCGGCAGGCUGGCUACAGCACCCACAUGGUGGGGAAAUGGCACCUGGGUUUCUGCCGGCCCGAGUGUCUGCCAACGAGCCGUGGAUUUCAAAGCUUCCUUGGAUCACUAACGGGCAGCGGGGACCAUUUUAACUUCCAAAGCUGUGACGGCACAGAGGCCUGUGGGUUCGAUCUGCACGAUGGAGACCGGCCAGCCUGGGAGCUGAGUGGAAAUUACUCAACAAGGCUUUACACGGAGAGAGUGAAAGAAAUCCUGAGACGUCAUGACCAGCGGAAGCCCCUGUUUCUAUAUGUGGCCCUUCAGGCCGUGCACACGCCGUUACAAGCUCCUGGGCAUCUUCUCAGACGCUACCAGACCCUUGGCAACAGACUUCGGCGCCACUAUGCUGCCAUGGUGAGCGGCGUGGAUGAGUCAGUAGGAGAGAUUGUCAGUGAGCUGCGGGGGCGAGGCUACUACAACAACUCUGUGCUCAUCUACUCUUCAGACAACGGGGGCCAGCCUCUCUCAGGGGGUUGUAAUUGGCCCCUGCGUGGUGGCAAAGGCUCCUACUGGGAAGGUGGAGUUCGAGCUGUUGGCUUUGUACACAGCCCACUUUUGAAAAGGAAGGGGGUGGUGAGUCAGGCUCUGAUUCAUGUUUCGGAUUGGUACCCAACCUUGCUGUCUCUUGCAGGAGACAGAGAGUCUGAUUCCAGCCACCUGGACGGCCAAGAUGUUUGGGGCGCUGUAAGUAGUGGCCUACCCUGUCCACGAACUGAAAUCCUCUUCAACAUUGACCCAGUGUCACGCCGACAUGGGGAAGUUGAUCCGAGACUCCUAACUCUUAAUGGUUUUGGGAUCUGGGAUACAGGAGUGCGUGCAGCCAUUCGAGUUGGUGACUGGAAACUUCUGACUGGAAACGUAGGCGAUGGAGACUGGUUCCCUCCACAGACGAUGCCAGGAGGUCCGCAACAGUGGCAGGACAUGGAAAAGAGACGAGACCAGCGGGGGAAGUCUGUCUAUCUUUUCAACGUCACUGCUGAUCCCUACGAAAGGGCAGAUUUGGCAGAGGCACGGCCCGAGGUGGUCAAAAUGCUCUUGACCCGGCUCGCCGAGUACAACCGGACUGCUGUGAGCCCACGCAAUCCACCAGACGACCCAAUGGCGGACCCGCAACUUCAUGGAGGGGUGUGGACUCCUUGGCUAGGACAGGAAGACGCAGGAGAUGAAGGGAAUGAUGAGGAACCUGACAGCAUAAACAGAAAGGCCAGAUCCAAGAGUACCUGUAAAGUCUGCAAACUCAGGGCCUUAUUUAAAAAGGUUGGUACCCGUAUGCAAAGGGCCACUUUGUUCUUGUAGUCAAGAGGUAGUUGUGGACAGGAUCCACAAAGCAGUCCAUUUAACUCAUCUUUGCAAGAUAAUUUGUGGCACUCUGGCUGUGUAUAAUGUGUAGCGAUGUUGACAUCAAGAACUCUUGAUGUCCUGCCUGCAUUGUGAGCAGAGAUUUUUACACUUAAGUUCCCAUCUGUAGGAUGCAAUGGAUUUUACUGUUAAUGGGGUCCAGACAAGAGCAGAAUGAAUUUGAAUGUAGAUGUCUCUGGAUCUUUAUUUGGCUACAUAAAAUAAUGCAGGUAGUGGCAAUGAUUUAAUAGGGAAUAAUACAGCAGCUUGUUUGUGGACUCUCUAAUCCACCCCCUGGUUCACUUUCUCUCAUCUAUCUGUUGUUUCUCUGACAUGCCUCUGCCUUGCACUCCUCCUCACGCCUCUCUUAUUCUCCUACCUUUUGCUUUUAUGCUUGUGCUCCAUCCAAAUCCGCUCUGACAUAGCCCACCACAACUAGAAUAACGCUUGAUUCUUUAUUGUUUCUGCACUUUCUCCUCCACCUGUUUAUUGUCCUCUUGCAUUCCUUCUUAGUUUGAGUAGAUCAGGUCAGAGCAGAUGUAGAAGCAAGCAUAUAAGAGCUAUGAAAAGUAUUUUCUUUAAUGUAAAAUGAAGGCUAUUUGAGGAGGAGGAGGAUCACUCUUGGGUAUGAAGACAUUCUUGGCCUGUUCAUCUCCUGGUUUCAAGUGAUAUAAUACAAUUCACAAGAAGGGAUGAAAUGUUCUCAGUAUUCAAUGUAAUGUUUAGGUUAAAAAAACAUUUUUACAUUAUACCUUCUAUAUAAAUUCUUUUACUCUGUUGUAAUUUCCGAUAAUGUUGUCUGUCUGCGUUCCUAGAAAACAAUCCAUCCAUCUGAUUUGUUUACAAUAACAGUCCUCCCAUAAAGAUGUUAAUAUAGUCACAAACCAUAAAUGGUACUGUAACCUAUUAAGUGACCUGAGUUAAACACAAUUCAUAUGAAAUAAUUAAAUGAGGAGAAUGUUUCCUUAAGUCCUACAGUAGCUCGUUGUCAGAAGAUACAGAAUCAAGAGCAAGAUAAAAGUCAAUACACAGUUGAAGUAACGUUAGUACAUACCGGUAGUUAAGAUAAUGCAAAACAUGUGUUUAUUUUAAGAGCUACACAGCUAGAAGUACUGUGAAUCUUUUGUUCCUGAAGGCAAUUGUUGCUAAAGAUAUAUUAAACCAUGAUUCAAAAUGAGUCAACUGCUCUUACGUUCCUUUGAAUUGUUAUUGCUGAAUAAGGCUGUGUUCAUUUUAAUGCUAAAUGGAUAGUUCAGUUAAAAAAAAAAUCUGUCAGUAACCUAUAUGAUGUUCUUCUGUGGGAUAUUUUUAAAAAUGAAUUCUAUUACAUUUUUGUUCAUACUAUAGCAGUCAAUGGGCACCGAAACUGUUUGGUUACCAUCAUUCUUCAAAAUUUUGUGUUCACCAGAAGAAAGUAGCCUAAGUAAUAGUUUUUUGUUUGUUUGUUUGUUUGUUUGUUUUUACUUCAGACUUAGAUUGGAGAAACAAGAAACAAUCUCUGAUGUACAAAGUAUGUAUAUCUGUUGUACACUUAUCUUAGGUCAUAGUCCAAAGGGCAUUUUUCUUUCCUGUUUCUAUGUGUCCAUUCUAAAGAAGUGAAGAAAAUUCAGAAAUCUAUAUAUACCAGGAUUAAUUAUUACGUAACAUACAAGCAGAUGUAAGUGUUGUAAUUUCACCAAUGUAACAAAAACACUUCCUCCUGUUUAUCUCUGAAAACUACUCAAAACAGCUUCAACCCACUUUGGAAAGACUUCAACUGUGGUAAGAAUGCACAAUGGGCAAUCCAACUAACUCCCUCACAGUGUGUGAGUCAUCCCGAACACAUGCUGAGUUUGGCAUCUCUUAAAGGUGCUAUGAGCGAUUUGUUUAUGAAAUACCACGCAUAAAAUGUCCUUACUACCUGACAGAUACAGCUCCUCAGACAAAAAAAAA